AUGUCCUCGGAUGGAACCGUGUGUUGGGGUCUGAUUGUCGCCUUCGUCAAGCCAUUCCAUGCGCUGUUCUUUGUCAACGAUGUAAGGAUAUCGUUCCCAUUCGCAGAGGUUGAGCGUGUCUCUGUCCCCUGGAACAUCAUAUACGCCCUAUUUGUGCCGUUGAGCGUCCUGCUACUGGUAAACUUCUUCGCGCGCUCGUCGGCCGCCAAGCACGAGGCCACCUACCUCGCCUUCUUCAUCUCCAUCGCCCUCUCCCAGCUCCUGACCGACAUCCUCAAGAACGCCGUUGGUCGGCCUCGCCCAGACCUUCUCUCCCGCUGCGUUCCCUCCGCCUCCGCCACAACCACCAAACCAGUCGACAUCACCGCCUGCACCGCCCCGGACAGCCGCGUUCUCCAGGACGGCUGGCGAUCCUUCCCCUCCGGCCACUCCUCCUUCUCCUUCGCCGGCCUGGGCUUCCUCGCGCUCUUCCUCUCCGGCCAGCUCGGCGCCUUCCGCCUGGGCACCCGCGACCUCGGCCGCGCCCUCGUGUGCUUCACCCCGCUCGUGGGCGCCGCCCUCAUCGCCAUCUCCCGCUGCGAGGACUACCGCCACGACGUCUACGACGUCUGUGUCGGCUCCGCCAUCGGCAUGACCGUCGCUUACUGGAGCUACCGGAGACACUGGCCCCGGCUCUCCAGCCACCGCUGCGACGAGCCCUACCCCCGCGGGAGCAUCGCCGCCGGCAGAGAGCAGCAGGGCGACGCAGCUGCGGCGGGCUGGCAGCGCGUCCGGGACGAGGAGGAGGGUGCUGUUGAUGUAGGCUACGAGAUGGAAACUUUGCGGGAGAAUCGAGGCUGA